AUGUCUGGCUUGGUGCAACCAACAGAUGCACUGCCCCUCGAAUCGAUUCAUCUUUCUAUCCUUCCCAAGACGACGCACAACAUCACCUGGUCACCCGACAAUGAGCUUGCAAUUGGCUGUGACGACUGUGUGAUUAUCUAUGUACCUGACUUCACCCUCUGUGCUCCCGUCAUCAACGGGCAAGAAGGCCCCCGACAAUACAACGAAGCCGCCCUGCGCUUCCCUGUCGCCCUGCUGAAGUCCCACGAGCUCAACAGCCACCUGUUUGAGAACGCCGGCCAAGACUUUACGAGUUUUUCGUUCUUCACGGGCUCGGGGAACGGAGUUCUCACCGGUCACGGUAGUACCCUGAACCACACCGUUGCGUUACAAUGGUCACCCGGUGGUCUCGGCCGCAUGAGCCGCUCCGUCCUUGCUGUCCUCACAUCCGCCGGUAUAAUUACCGUGUACUGCCAGGGCGCGCCUGAUGCCGUCGCUUCCUCCAGCGCCCAUAAUGCGGGCUCCAUAAGACCCUGGAUCGCUGCCUGGCAUGUCGGUGCCGGGAUGCUGGUACCUGCCACCGAGGGCCAUGAAUCUCCCGACAAAAAGGAAUGUAUCAUUGCCUUUGCGUGGGCAAAGGAUACUGGAAGCAAAGCUACACUCUUAGCAUAUCUAAACACUGAUCACGAGAUUGUCCUCCUCCGAGUCCACGCCACUCACGAGACUAAAGCUCAGCCCGGGCACCCAGGUAUUUGGAGCGUGCUAGAGGUUGCCCGUUUUGUGGCCGAUGGACCUCAUUCCAUGCCGUCUGAUCCCACGGAUCCAGAUUACACAUAUGCUAGUUCCUCAUUUGCGCUAAGCUGGAGCCCAUGGUUAAGGAGAGGGAGCUCGUUGACGUGCAUUCUCUCAUAUGUAUCACACAACUAUAUCGGCUUCAGACAAAUAAUCAUUGAUGAUACGGGAGAGGGACUACAUAUGUGCGAUGUCCGUGUUAAUCGUGCUGAUGCGAGCGGUGUGUGUCUCCAUCUAUCGACCGAUGCCUUUGUGGUAUGGGAGGACAAGAUCUGGACGGUGCCUGGUUCCAACAUCUGUAGAGGCGUCAUUGCAUCGCCUACUAGAGUUCAGGCAUUUGAGUUGCCGUUCGACCAUACCUCUCCUGUCCCCAGACAUACGACGGACGAGUGUGGGACAACCUACCCAUCCCAAGAAGAUCUACUACACAUUGAAAAUCCAAUCACCGGUCUAAUCAUUCAUCAACCCUCAUCCCCCCAAAACACAUCUACACCAUCCUAUACCCUGGUGCGCCUCUCCGCUACACACGACAACUCGGCCUGGCAUCAAACAAACCUCAUACUUCCCCCGGAAUUCGAGGGCUCUUUUAAUGGUCCCGGCUGGGCUACUGAAAUCAGUCAGAUCAUUGAACACCAGCUUCCCCGUGCCCUUGCUCACCGUCAAGGAAAUGCCAACACAAACGGCCAAGAUGAGGGAGAUUUCGAUUCCGAAGAUGAGGACGAGGACGACUUCGACAGUGAUCUAGAUUCAGAGUUUGGCGAUGAAGAUAACGCUAGAGUUAGUUUCUUCGGGAUUCGCGGCGUGGACACUGAGGACCAGGUUCAUCUCCACCGCGUACGCGUCUGGGGUCUGACGGCCAGCCCUGCUGGUGGCACCAGUGCCGUUCUUAUUAGCCAGCACAGUAACCUCGAUUUUGAGAGGGAUACCUUUGCUGGGCUCAAAUGUCGCGUUCUCUUCGGCACACAUGUACGUUCACGGGUCACGGGCGAGAACGAAGUAGGAAUUGGCGCCAUCCCAAAGUCGCUGAGCACAGAGGCAAAAGCAUGGGAAUGGAUGUAUGGUGGUGGUCCUCCUGUCCCGGGCUUCAGUAUCCCAGCUCAGACCUCGGGUGAUAAUCGCACAGCGCUGAGAGAUCAGUUUGAAAUCAUCGCUAGGACACAGAAAUGCAUCUUCUGUGAAUUGCCACUCUUACCUCGAGAUGACGGUAGCUCAUCUUGCUGCGACAACGGACAUGUCUUUGAAAACUGCGCGAACACUGGUGUCCCCGUUGUUGCACCUAAUAUCUCGCGUACGUGUGGCAUCUGCGGAAUGAAGUGCCUCAAUUCCGACGAGUUGCUGAAUAUUGCUCCUCAACUAAAGGAUCUCAUAGAGCAGGAUAUCUCGCCGGAACUGUGUGGUGGGUGCGGUGGUAAGUUUGUGGGUUAA